AUGCAAUUAGCAGCUGCCCCUAACUUGGGUGAUUAUAUCCCUUGUAUUGCUCCACUUGACCUCCAAGGGUUCACAAAGCGCAUGAAGGCAGUUAACAAGGCGUUUGAUAACUUUUUUGAGAAGAUCAUUGAUGAGCAUCUUCAAUCUAAGGAUGAAGACCGAACUAAGGACUUUGUUGAUGUCAUGGUGGGCAUCAUGGGGUCUGCAGAAUCUCAAUACAGUAUCGAACGCUCCAAUAUCAAAGCCAUAAUAUUUGACAUGCUCGUGGCUUCGAUGGACACAUCAUCAACAACGAUAGAGUGGGUGCUCUCGGAACUCAUGAGGCAUCCACAUGUAAUGAAGAAAGUCCGAAAAGAGCUAGAAGAUGUAGUGGGCUUGGAGAGAAUGGUUGAGGAAUCAGAUUUGGAGAAAUUGGAGUAUUUAGACAUUGUAGUGAAGGAAACCCUGAGGCUACAUCCAGUGGCACCAUUGUUGAUCCCUCAUGCAGCCAUUGAAGAUUGCACCGUCAAUGGAUUCCACAUACCGAAAGCCUCGCGCGUUAUCAUAAACGUAUGGGCAAUUGGGAGAGACCCAAGUGCUUGGACAGAUGCUGAAAAGUUCAUACCAGAAAGGUUUGUGGGUAGUAAUAUUGAUGUUAGGGGAAAUCACUUUGAGCUUAUUCCAUUUGGCUCUGGCAGAAGAAGGUGUCCUGGAAUUCAAUUAGGGCUUACCGUGGUCCAAUUAAUCGUGGCACAACUUGUGCACUGUUUUGAUUGGGAGCUUCCAAAUAGCAUGUGGCUAAAUGAGUUGGAUAUGAGUGAGGAGUUUGGUCUUACGGUUCCAAGGGCCAAGCACAUCUACUGGCUAUUCCUUCCUAUCGACUUCACAAAUGAUCACAUAAUUUGUCAUUCUACAUUUGUUUUCGUCACCUGA